AUGGUAUGGUAUCCACCUGAGUUUGCUUUGAACCAUCGAUUCAAUCUCUAUGGGCGAACCGACGAUCGUUACGUCAUUGUGGAUGCAACAGUGAAAACCGUUUGGAAAGUCUAUGUUCUGGACGACAUUAACGGGCGAGACAAUGAACAAAAUGUGGAACAAUAUUCAAGGGAAGCAGAAUGCAAUAGAAGGUUGUUAGAAAACCCACAUCCAAACCUCCGGAGCGUACGGGAUGGUGAUAAUGGAAUCCAAAAUUUUCGAUAUGACCAAGACCGGAAACGAUAUGGCGUUUUGGAAUUUGUUUACCUCCCUAGCGUGCUUGAAAAAGUAAUAUACGACAAAAAUGUCAACUACACGAUAUUUGACGUGCUGGCAGCGACCCUCCAACAUCUGGAAGGAAUCGGGCACCUGCACGACAAAAUUCGCUUUAUCCACGGAGAAAUCAAAGCCGACAACAUUUACAUCGACGAAAAUGGCAUCGUCAAGAUCGGCAACUUUAGCAAAGCUGUUCCCCUGGAUAAAUAUGGCAUUGGAUGGGAAAAAGACGCUCGAUCGUUUGAAAGCCUGCUGUGGCAGUUGCUGACAAGGAGAAAAUUCCCGUGUGGCCGCGAUGCAAUGCGCGACGCCGGAUUUGCUCAGUUGUUUAAUUUGUUGGCGAGCUUGCGGUGGCUAAAUCGCAUUGCUCAAGGAGCGGGGUAUUCUGCGCAAUGGGAUUUACUCAAACGAAACUUCAAGCCUUGGCAGUACGUGGACUGCAGGUUCGAGCCGUACCCAAAAAAAGAGGGCCUCCUUUGCAUGCCCCCUGGGCUAGCAGAAUUUCUAAGGGAGAAAGCAUCAUCUUCUCUGCUAGGACCCCAGGAGCCAAUUCAACAUCCCAUUGAAUCCCAUUUAUCCAAGGAUCAGAAACUUGUUAAUCUGCGUGAUCGCGCCGCGUGGAAUGCAGCGCCCAAAAUUUCGAAAAACGCAUCCGACUUCGAAGAACGGUUCCAGCUUCAAAUGGAACGGAGGCCUCAAAUGAAGUUGAAGACUCCGGAAGCAGGGCUUGGGCCAACAACAUGGUUGAGCGCCACGACAGAGCAUCAGGAAAGGGAAGUAUCAACCUUGGUUGGCGAUGUGAGAGGGAUGCUAUGUUUGCCCGAAGCGCAGAAGGCGGAAAGAGUGCGGAUAGAGAUGGAAGCCCGGUCCAAAACCGAGAAGGCUAAGAGUGUGAAGUGGCUGCGUCCGAAA